AUGAAAUGCCUGCCCAACGGAACGUGGUCAACACCGCCGACAUGCCAUGUUAUACGCUGUCAAACACCAUCCGGUGUGAAUGGCACCAGCACUUAUAGUAACUGGACUAGAGAGAUGAAGAGCAACGCAACUUUAGAAGCCAGUUGUUAUCCUGGGUACAAUAUGUCUGGUAAUGCAACAAUGAAAUGCCUGCCCAACGGAACGUGGUCAACACCGCCGACUUGCCAUGUUAUACGCUGCCAGACACCACCCGGUGUGAAUGGCACCAGCACUUUUAUAAACUGGACUGGAGAGGUGAAGAGCAACGCAACUUUAGAAGCCAGCUGUUACCCUGGGUACAAUAUGUCUGGUAAUGCAACAAUGAAAUGCCUGCCCAACGGAACGUGGUCAACACCGCCGACUUGCCAUGUUAUACGCUGCCAGACACCACCCGGUGUGAAUGGCACCAGCACUUUUAUAAACUGGACUGGAGAGGUGAAGAGCAACGCAACUUUAGAAGCCAGCUGUUACCCUGGGUACAAUAUGUCUGGUAAUGCAACAAUGAAAUGCCUGCCCAGCGGAACGUGGUCAACAUCGCCGUCAUGCAAUGUUAUACAAUGCGAAGUACCUGCAUUCACGAAUGGGAAUGUACAACCUCCUCCACCUGUCUACGCGAACAAAUCUGUCACAUUUGCCUGUAAAUCCGGCUUCAAACUAAUAGGAAACAGUACCUCAAAGUGCAACUAUAAUGGAUCAUUUGAUCAUGUGCCAAUAUGUCAGCUGAUUAAACCAAACAGUAUACAGUCUGAAAACAUCGAUAUAAAGAACCUAUCAGAAAGCUCAAUCAGUGUAAUUUGGACUCGGCCCGGACAUGUCAGUGGGUACAACGUCACGUUUAGAUGCAUAAGCCCGAACGAGAAUUCAACAAUAGCCCCUGUGCUUCAAACAACGGUAGAUAAAGAAGAGGCAUCUGUAAAUGGCCUUGAUCCAGGAUCAUUUUGUAAUGUGUCUGUUCAAACUUUUUUAAAUAAUGGCAUAUAUCGAAUCUUAUACGGCAGUGUGACACAAAAACAUUUGCAGAACAGCAGUCAUGAAACAGCACCCAGAGAGGUUCGAGGCCACAAUAUUUCUAGUAUAGGAUCAAGAGCAGCUGUUAUUAACUGGCUUACGCCCAGCAUCAAAAACGGAGUUAUUCGCAACUAUAUCACGUGGAUUGUCGCAUCUAACAAUACAUGUUUAGAGGCAAUGGUAUGGACUUGCUCGGACUGUAGCAAAAGCGAUGCUUCUUUUAACAUUCACACUUCAGACAUUUCCCAAUGCUCCGCCGUCGCAAAUAAUACAUUCGUUACAUCGAAGCAGGAGUUUAAUUGGUUCCUAACAACGUUGCAUCCAUACAGAAAUUACACCGCUUAUAUAGCUGCAUGUACAGUAAAAUUAGGAACGAAAGCUCACUUGCAAAUAAUUACUCUUGAAGACAAUCCAGAUGUUGUAAAUACCACGAGCAGCUUUUCUGUGUAUGCACGCAACGCCACAAUGAAUUGGACUGAUCCUUGUUUUAAAAACGGAAUACUGAAACGAUUCUAUGUGGAGCUGCUGAAUUCAUCAAGUGCAUAUUUUAUGAAUGAAACCUGGGCUUCUUAUUUCGAAACGAACGCUUCCACACACGAACUACUCCUAAUGGAGUUGCUUCCUUUUAGAAAUUAUUCUGUACGUGUAAAGGCGGCUAACAACGCUGGAAACGGGACAUAUAACGUCUCCCACAUAUUCAUGACGAAUAUCGAUGUUCCAAUGGCACCGAGCGAUCUACGACAAGGCAGUACUAAUUCAUCUUACGUAAGGAUUAACUGGAACAAAACGAUGCAUUACACUGGUCCGACAAAGUAUAUCAUCAACGUCACUGACGACAAUGAUAACGUACCAUUUACGAGUUUUGUCACACACGAAGGAUGGUGGAUCGAUCAGUUAGCUACACAUGUCGAACUUUUCGACCUAGAUGCUUUCUGGAAAUACUCCAUAGCUGUCACUGCGGAGACAUCGUAUCAAAAUCAGGGACCUUUACGUAGUGAAUCCACUAAAGUCAUCGUUCAGACGGCUGAAAGCGUUCCGGGAAGACUCCAUAAUCUAAGCGCCGUAUCCGAGCUAGACGUUUCGAAACCACCAAUGUUGUACGUGAAUUGGCUGGCUCCCAUAGAAAGAGAUCGUAACGGCAUAAUUGUUGGAUAUGAAAUAUAUUGUUCAAAUAGAAACCGCAAGUUUGGUGUUAGCGCGUCCACUCUGAGUCACAAUAUUACGAUGUACAUCGACAACAAAUCAAAUGUGACCGUUGAGGUUCGCGCCGCAACGAGUGUUGGAUACGGAGAGCCGUUCACCGUGACGGUCGAAGUUAAACCAGGAGCGCCGGAAGUUCCUCCCGAAACCCCGUCAAAUCCUUUGACGAAAAUAGCUCAAAUUCCGGUUGCUGAUGACAAAAAGAUGAUAGCUGUACAACUUUCACAGUCAUUCUUGUGUAGUAAUAAAACUGGUGCACCUGUUCAGUGGGGAGUAAUAGUUGCACAGGAAAGUAAAGCAACUGAUCUCUCCUUCGUUGGGAGUCACGGCGAGUACCAAACCAGAAAAAAUAUCAUGUACAAGAAGUGGUCCGAGGUUAAGGACAUGGAUGACAUUCCACCAUAUUUGGCAACUGGUCCUCAUUGGAGCCCUUCUUGUAUAAAAGGAGGAAACAAACGCCGACGACGAGCUGCUGUUGAAGAAAUAGAACCGUUUAACUUCAUCAUUGGCAGUGAGGAUUGUUCGAAUAAUCAAGAGUACUGCAAUGGGCCUCUUCAGCCAGGAAGAUCAUACAGAGUGAAGUCAUUUGCGUGCACUUCCUCCGGAUGCACAGAAACACUGUAUUCACAGCCCAUUAAAACAGGUACGUGA